UCUCGGGACCCGCGACUCUCAAUUCACCUACGUUCGCUCUGCUGCCUCACCAGCCUUCCCUGAAGCAAAGCUGUUCUGGAAAAUAGGGUGAGCGCGGUGCGGCGUGGUAAAAGCUUAGGAUGACGAGAAACGAAGUGAGAGAGGGCAAACUCCGGGGAUGAUGGCUGAUAAAACCCAGGAGACUGGUGGCAUCCAUUUCCCUUUUCCCUUCACACCCUAUUCCAUCCAGGAAGACUUCAUGGCAGAGCUCUACCAGGUGUUGGAGGCUGGCAAGAUUGGGAUAUUUGAGAGUCCAACUGGCACUGGAAAAUCCUUAAGUCUUAUUUGUGGGGCUCUUACCUGGCUCCGUGACUUUGAACAAAAGAAACACCGAGCAGAGGCGCGACUGCUUGAAACUGGAGCUGCCCCCUUAAGUGAUGGGAAGCACCGGCCCCCAUUUAUUUCAUCCUCUUGUCAAGAGCCACCAGACACCCUGAGGCCUGCUGGGGAACCUGACUGGGUUACGCAGUUUGUGCAGAAGAAAGAAGAAAGGGACCUGGUGCAUCAACUGAAGAUACCAUGUGUUCUUUGCCUUUGCAGUGCCUCUCAGCUCUCCUGGCAACUUUCUUGGAAGGAGCACAUCAGGAGAAAGAAGAGAGAAGAACGCCUGCUGCAACUCCGUCACCACACACAGCUCAAGUAUGCAGCCAAACGUGAGAGAGUGGAAGAAGAAGAGACCGAGCGUCUCCUCCGCCUCAGCAAGGAGACACUGGCCGCAGGGACAGAGGCUGAGCCACCAGAGCAGCUAGCAUCUGGGGAGGAGGAGUUGGUCCUCUCGGAGUACGAGAGUGAUGAGGAGAAAGGAACAGCUGACAGAUUAGAGGAGGAUGAGGAUGACCUGGAGGAAGAACAUGUAACUAAGAUUUAUUACUGCAGUCGGACCCACUCCCAGCUGGCCCAGUUUGUGCGCAAGGUACAGAAGAGCCCCUUUGGCAGGGACACCCGGCUCGUCUCCCUUGGCUCUCGGCAGACUCUGUGUAUAAACAAAGACGUGAAAGACCUAGCUUCCGUGCAGCUGAUCAAUGACCGCUGUGUGGAGCUACAGAGGGCCAGACACGAGAGCAAGAGCAAGAGCAGAGCCGAGGAUGAGGGGCCCAAGAAGAGAAGGAAGGAGCCCCAAGCUGCCUGUCCCUUCUACCACCACACUCAGCUGCAGCUCCUCCGGGAUCAGGUCCUGCUGGAGGUGAAGGACAUCGAGCAGCUGGUGACCCUGGGGAAGAAGACUGGGGCCUGUCCCUAUUACGGGAGCCGGUUUGCCAUUCCAGCGGCCCAGGUGGUGGUGCUGCCCUACCAGAUGUUGCUGCACACGGCCACUCGGCAGGCCACAGGGAUCCGGCUACAGGGCCAGGUAGUGAUCGUCGACGAGGCGCACAACUUGAUGGACACCAUCACGGGCAUCCACAGUACGGAGGUCAGCGGUGCCCAGCUCUGCCAGGCACAUUCCCAGUUGCUCCAGUACGUGGAACGAUACAGGAAACGUUUGAAGGCCAAGAACCUGAUGUACAUCAAGCAGAUCCUGUACCUUUUGGAGAAGUUUGUGACUGUGCUGGGUGGGAACAUUAAGCAAAAUCCCAACACACAGAGCCUCUCACAGACAGGGACCGAGCUGAAGACCAUCAACGACUUUCUCUUUCAGAGCCAGAUCGACAACAUCAACCUGUUCAAGGUGCGGCGCUACUGCGAGAAGAGCAUGGUCAGCAGGAAGCUGUUUGGCUUCACGGAGAGAUGGGGAGCAGUCCUUGUACCCCCCAGGGAGCAGCCCAGACUGGCUGGAUUCCAGCACUUCCUACAGAGCCUGCAGCCCAUGGUGACUGAAGCUCCCGCAGCCCCUGUGGAGGAGAGGGAGGCCAUGGCACCUCGGCCUGCUUCCCCGCUGAUGCACAUCGAAGGCUUCCUUGCAGCUCUCACCACUGCCAACCAGGACGGCAGGGUCAUCCUGAGCCGCCAAGGCAGCCUCAGUCAGAGCAGCCUCAAAUUCUUGCUGCUGAAUCCAGCUGUGCCUUUUGCCCAGGUGGUGAAGGAGUGCUGGGCGGUGGUCAUUGCCGGGGGCACCAUGCAGCCGGUGUCUGAAUUCCGGGAGCAGCUGCUGGCAUGUGCUGGGGUGGCAGCUGAGCGCCUGGUGGAGUUUUCCUGUGGUCACGUGAUCCCUCCAGACAACAUCCUUCCCCUCGUCAUCUGCACUGGGCCCUCCAACCAGCAGCUGGAAUUCACGUACCUGAAGAGAGAGCUGCCCCACAUGAUGGAUGAGACAGGUCGCAUCCUCUGUAACUUGUGCAAUGUGGUCCCCGGAGGGGUGAUCUGUUUCUUCCCCUCCUAUGAGUACCAACGCCAGGUCCAUGCCCACUGGGACAAGAGUGGCCUGCUGGCUCGCCUGGCUGUCAGGAAAAAGAUAUUUCAGGAACCGAAGCGAGCAAGCCAGGUGGACCAGGUGCUGACAGAGUAUUCCAAGUGCAUUCAGUGCCAUGUUCAGGCAGGAGGCACGGUGACAGGGGCCCUGUUGCUCUCAGUGGUUGGAGGCAAGAUGAGCGAAGGCAUCAACUUCUCUGACAACCUUGGCCGGUGUGUGGUCAUGGUGGGCAUGCCCUACCCGAACAUCAAGUCUCCGGAGCUCCGAGAGAAGAUGGCCUAUCUGGAUCAGACCCUUCCCCAAGCCCCAGGUCAGCCAGCCCCAGGAAAGGCUUUGGUGGAGAAUCUGUGUAUGAAGGCUGUCAAUCAGUCUAUAGGCAGGGCCAUCAGGCACCAGAAGGAUUUCGCCAGCAUAGUGCUGCUGGACCAGCGGUAUGCCCGUCCACCUGUCCUGGCAAAACUGCCCACCUGGAUCCGAGACCGUGUGGAGGUCAAAGCCACCUUUGGCCCCGCCUUUGCUGCUUUGCGGAAGUUUCAUCACGAGAAGUCUGUCCUCUCCUGAGGGACGUCCACGCUUGUCUGGCAUGCAGACCAGCCCCCUUCUGGAAUCACCAGGCUGGCAGGACCCAGGAAUAGGCACAGAGGCCAAUAGGCAAAAACUAGGGUACUCCUGAGCACUGGGUCCUGGCCAUCCUCAGGCCCCUCCCAGACACUGGACCUUUCCUCCUGUCCACCAUGGCCCAGUGAGCUCCCUGCCCUGCUUCCUGCCAGCCUUUCUGGGCAGCUGCGGAAGCUGCACCUUCCACUGCGGCACCUCUGUCCCUGCUUGUUUCUCAGCAUCCACUUCAUGGGAGGUGAGGUGGAGCAGGCCUCUGCUGUCUUCCUUUUGUCCUCUUCUCCCUUUCCUAGCUCAAAUUAGCUGUUCGAGACCUUCACCCUUUCCUCAAAAUUAAGGAACUUCUGCAUUCCCAGACCCCUGGCCCCAUGUCAGGGCUCUUCUGCCCUCGGGCUUCUGGUCCCUUCUUCCAGCUGCCAUCUGGGCAUUAAACACCAGCCAGGAGAAAUCUGGCACUGAGGUCACUGAGAACUGGGGGCAGGGCCCUGUGCGCUGCUGUGCCACCUGCUGGCCUCACUCCUUUACUUCCAGGCUGCUCCCUAACCUGCCCAGGCCCUGCCCAGCAUCCUUAUCCCCCUGGAUGGGUAGCAGGUCCUGCAACUCAGUAGCGCCUCUCCCCAUCUCCACCACUUGGGCAGACUCUGAGACACCUCUUCCCCUGACACCAGCAAUUACACCAAGGGCCAUUAGGCUCUCAGCAUGACUACUUUUAGAUACUCUGUGUCUGUCAGCCAGGCAAUAUUUCCUGUGUGAGAAUACCCCUGCCCCCAUCUGCAACAACUGCCCCUGUUGACUACACCUCUUCUCUCCCUGACCCCAGAGAAAGGGGCAUUGGUCCCCUCGGCACCCAGCCCCAUUGCCUGAGACCAGUGGGAGCAGGAGCACAGGCCCUGGCUCAGAGAAGUUUGCACUCUGCACGGCUCUAUUUCUUUAAUUAAAAGUGCACUGUCAGUUGA